AAUAAUAACUAGAAAAAUAGGAACAGAGCAAAGGACGGUGUCACUAAAAUCACACUCCACUACACUUUCAAUUUCAGAGCCUCAUUCCACAUGAAUCCCAACUCCCAUUUCAACAUCUCACCCCUCCUCCUCCUCCUCUUCCUUCCCGCAUUCCUCCGCCUCCCCACCGCCCUCCCCGCCGUCAGCCAUGGCAGCCUCUCUGACGCGGAAGCUCUCUACAUCCGCCACCGCCAGCUUCUGUACUACAGAGACGAGUUUGGUGACCGUGGCGAAGAAGUCACUGUGGACCCAUCUCUGGUUUUCGAAAACGGGAGGAUUAGAAAUGCUUACAUUGCACUUCAGGCUUGGAAACUAGCCAUUUUGUCUGACCCUUUCAAUCAAACCGCCAAUUGGGUCGGAUCUGACGUCUGCAGCUACUUCGGCGUUUACUGUGCUCCCGCAUUGGACGACCCCAACAUCCGUACCGUCGCUGGAAUCGAUCUCAACCACGGCGACAUUGCCGGAUACCUCCCUGAAGAGCUCGGUUUGCUUGUGGAUCUUGCAUUGUUCCAUAUCAAUUCAAACAGAUUCUGCGGCACUUUACCCCACAGAUUUGAUCGUCUCAAGUUGCUACACGAAUUGGAUCUCAGUAAUAACCGGCUCGCUGGGAAGUUCCCCGGCGUGGUUCUCAAGCUUCCGGCGCUCAAGUUUUUGGAUCUGAGGUUUAACGAAUUCGAAGGAAAUGUACCCAGAGAGCUGUUCGAUAAGGAUUUAGACGCCAUUUUUAUUAACCACAACAGAUUCAGAUUCGAACUGCCUGAUAAUUUUGGAAAUUCGCCGGUGUCGGUCAUUGUUCUUGGGAACAAUAAGUUCCAUGGGUGUGUGCCUUCGAGCUUGGGCAACAUGACGAGGCUGAAUGAGAUCAUUAUGAUGAACAAUGGGCUUAAUUCUUGCUUGCCGCCCGAAAUUGGGGCGUUGAAGAACUUGACGGUGUUCGAUGUAAGUUCCAAUGAGCUGGUGGGUCCGUUGCCGGAGACAUUUGGAGGGCUUGCGAGUUUGGAGCAACUCAGUGUGGCGAAUAAUUUUCUUUCUGGGACGAUUCCGGAGAGUAUUUGUGAUUUGCCUAAGCUUCAGAACUUUACGUUCUCGAAUAACUUCUUCUCCGGUGAGCCGCAGACGUGUUUGAGGGUUCCGGAUUUCAGUGAUCGGAGGAAUUGCUUGACUGGGCGGCCAGCGCAGCGGCCGAGUGGUCAAUGUAAGGCGUUCUUUUUGCGGCGUGUUGAUUGUAAUGCGUUUAAAUGCCGUGCUUCUUCUGUUUCGCCUUCUACUCCAUUUACUCCGCCGGUUGUUUCGCCCUCUUCACCUCCGUCACCGGCAGGGGAGGUGUCUCCUCCAUCGCCGCCGCUCUCGCCCCAUUUUCCUCCUCUGUCGCCACAUUCGCCACCGUCGGCACCGCCAUUGGUUUCUUCUCCGCCGUCACCUUCCUCUCCGUCUACACCUACAACCCCUUCAACGCCGCCUCAAGGUCAUGCUCCGCCGUCAUUACCCUCACCCUUAUCGCCCCCUAAAGGUCUUUUUCCGCCGGCAUUACCUCCGCCGACUGAUCCCUUACCAUCCUCACCACCCCACGGCCAUACUCCGCCGGGUCCACCUUCGCCUUCCUCUCCAUCUACACCUACAACCCCUUCAACGCCGCCUCAAGAUCAUGCGCCGCCGUCAUUACCCUCACCCUUCUCGCCCCCAAAAGGUCAUCCACCGCCGGCAUUACCUCCGCCGUCUGAACCCUUACCAUCUUCACCACCCCACGGCCAUACUCCCCCGGGACCACCUUCGCCUUCCUCAUCGUCUUCACCGACAACCCCUUCAACGCCGCCUCAAGGUCAUGCUCCACCGUCAUUACCCUCACCCUUAUCUCCCCCAAAAGGUCAUCCGCCGCCGGCAUUACCUCCGCCGUCUGAGCCCUUACCAUCCUCACCACCCCACGGCCAUACUCCUCCGGGUCCACCUUCUUCAUCCGAACCGCCAUCAUCGCCGCCACAAGAUCACUCUCCGCCAACUCCCUCGCCGUCCGAACCGUCACCUUCAACGCCGCCUACAGGUCACACUCCAGCCAUUCCUCCUUCACCAUCCGGACCUGCACCUCCAUCACCGCCACAAGUCCACAAUCCGCCGGUCAAGCUUUCUCCUCCAGUAGCAUCAUCACCACCAGCACCAUCACUCCCAGUUCACGCUCCGCCUCCGCCACAUUUCCCUGAUUUCCCUUCGCCGCCAUCCACACAACCUCCUGUCUACUGUCCCCGCUCCCCAUAUCCACCAUCUCCUCCAUCCUACUCCCCAAACCCACCUCUCCAACACCCCACCUCCCCUCCGCCGCCAUUACCUGUUCAUUCUCCCCCUUCCCCUGUUUAUACAUCGCCAUCGCCGCUUCCUCUUCCUUGCAUACAACCUCCUCCACCUCCCCCACCAGAUACUCAAUACUCAGAACCACCGCCAACACCAUCGUCUUCGAUUCCCUACAAUUCCCCACCACCGCCGUCUCCAUCGCCCCCACCGCCUCCAAGCCCUGUAUACGGAGGUCCCCUGCCACCAAUCUACGGAGUUCCAUACGCGUCUCCUCCGCCACCACCCUUAUAUUAAUUAAUUCGUCACAAAAAUCCCACCUGCAAUUUCCCCUUUUGAGCUUCAAUCUGGUCAAUUCUUCUCCCAACUCUCAUCGCCCACGGAGAAAGAAAAAGGAAGCUCAAGUGUUUGCCCUCUAUAUUUGGUUUUUACAUCGGCGUGGAUCUUGUUUUAGUCUGUAUAAAUUCAACAAAACCUCCGCUUCUCUU